CUCAUUACAAUUUCCAUUUUGAAAAUGAUGUCAACUUUAUUCUUGAAAUUGAGGCAUAAUUGCUGUUUGAAAUCUAUGGGGACUUGAUUAAGAGCGGAACACAAAGGAAUAAAAAGAUUAAUGCACCCAAGCGUGUGGCCUUGCAGUUAAUGAAGUGGGUUGAGCAUCAUGACAUCUCGGAUUAAAAUACCCGCAGAGACAGCACUAGGUAUGUGCUCUCAUUGGUGGAGAAGGUUAUGCGGAGAAAGUAGUUGUAUCUACUGGACAAGUUCUUCCUAUUCCGUCAGGUGUUUCUUUGAAAGAUGCAGCUAGCUUUCCUGAAGUGGCAUGCACUGUUUGGUCGACCAUUUUUAUGACUAGCAGGCUUUCCUCUGGUGAAACGUUUCUGAUUAUCAGCCAUUUAAUCGAUUGGCACAAUCUUUUGGGUGGUAUCUUCAAGUGAAUCUUUAUAUCCCUGAUUCCCAUGGACUAAGAUCAAGCACGUGACUACGUGUUACUUUCAGAUACAUGGAGGCUCUAGUGGAAUUGGUUCCUUUGCCAUUCAAAUGGCUAAGUGCCUUGGGGUCAAAGUUUUCAUCACAGCAGGUUCAUCAUGAUCUCUCUCAUUAUGGAACUGAAAUCAUUCAGCUAACCAUGUCAAAUCUUGUUAACCAGGAAGUGAGGAAAAACUUGCUGCAUGCAAAGAACUCGGGGCUGAUGUUUGCAUCAAUUACAAGACUGAAGACUUUGCCACACGCAUCAUGGAAGAAACAGGAGGGAAAGAAAAUUACAGUGGUUAUCAUAUAUCUCAUGGGGCCAGGGGGAAACCACUCAAUUUCUUCUCAUGUCUUACAUGCUCUUCAUUAUUGGUUUUAUGGGAGGAACAGUGACACAAGUAAAUCUUGGCUGUUUAGCAGCAAGACGCCUGACAGUGCAGGAUACUCGAACAAGAAUGCUGUUAGUCAACCAGAAGAGAGAAAUCUGGAGACACUCUACUGCAAUUCGCAAAUGAACUCGCUUGAAGUCUCAGUGUUCAUUUGUCUCGUUGUUAUCUCUUAUUUUUAAAGUCAGGUGCUUACUUUUGUGACACAUGAUACACUUUUUUUGCAUCUUCUUCCAUUUUUAUGAGGCUCUCUCACAUUUCCUAUCAUGCUCCUUUAUUUUCUUCCUUUCCACUUUCCCGCACUUCACUUCUACUGCCGUCCUGUUCCUCCUGUAGCUUUAGUUCCUUAAAGUAAUCAGCCUCACUCAUCUCAUAAUCAGUCCUGGCUUUCAACCACCAGUCACGGUUUAUAAUAUUCUGUGGCCUUCUUUGGACUCAAAGAGUCAACUGACGUGCAGUGACUUACUUAAAAUUUAUUGUGGUAAGAGAAAGAUGAUAGUGUAACAGAAGCAAAUUCAACACAAGCUUCCACUGAUAUUACCGGAUUUUAUUAGAUGGUAUAGGUCUCAAUUUAAUAGCAGGAGAACUGAAAUAAAAAGGUUUAUUUUCAUUUAUUUACCUUGCAACAACAGCAACAUACCCAGUGUAAUCCCACAAUUGGGGUUUGGCGAGGUAGCGUGUACGUAGACCUUACCCCUACCUAGAAGGUAGAGAGGUUGUUUCUGAUAGACCCUCUGCUCAAGUAAAAUCAUUAUAAAGCACUUCGAAAAAAGAAAACAACGGUAGUGAAGAAGCCAAGACAAAAGAAGGUUUUAUCUUUUAUGUAAAGUUGAGCUAUAUCUCUUCUUUGCUAUCGUGAUUACUAAUUCUUCAUCAACUUGGUUGAAUUUCAACCUCUUUCUCCCGGGUAUCUUGUUAUGGUUUGUUUGAAUUCUGAGAUGUUGAAAUUAUUGUUCCAGCUCUCUCAUUAUCGCAUAAUCAUACCCAAUGGUCCAGUCCCUUCAUGUUCUAACUGCUCCUUCUCUUAGUUGAAGACUACAUUUAUAUGUUUGAGGGAGUUCUCUUUUCAUAAGAAAGUGUAGACAAUUGGAGAGAAAAAUUACGUCUGGAAUAUUGAAAUCUAGCCUCAUGGAGUUUGUUCUCUUGAGGGAAUGACAUGGACUUCAUUUCAGAUUGUGUUUCAGUAGAUUUUAUGUGGAUUUGUGACUUAU